GGCGCGGCCGCACUUGGCGAGUGGCGCUCGUGGCUGGGGCAGGCGGGUGGGAGGCGGCAAAGCGGGUUGCCCGGCGCUCGGCCACCGCUAACUUGGGAAGUGUCCGCCCGGGCGAGCUCCCACCAUGAGCCGCCUCCUGCCUCUCUGCCUGCUCGGAUUGCUCCUGGGCGGCGGGCAAGCUCUUCUUCAAGUGGCGAUUUCACUUAGCAAGGUAGAGCUUAGUGUCGGUGAAUCCAAAUUCUUCACAUGUACAGCUAUUGGUGAGCCUGACAGUAUAGAUUGGUACAAUCCACAAGGAGAGAAGAUUGUUUCUAGUCAACGAGUAGUUGUUCAAAAAGAAGGUGUUAGAUCACGGCUAACCAUUUAUAAUGCAAACGUAGAAGAUGCUGGGAUAUAUCGGUGCCAAGCAACAGAUGCAAAAGGACAGUCUCAAGAAGCCACUGUUGUUUUGGAAAUUUAUCAAAAGCUCACUUUCCGAGAUAUAACAUCCCCACAAGAAUUCAGACAAGGAGAGGAUGCAGAAGUUGUUUGCCGUGUCACUAGUUCACCUGCACCUGUUGUCAGUUGGUUGUAUCGAAAUGAGGAAGUCACAACUAUCGCUGACAAUCGAUUUGCUAUGUUAGCAAACAAUAAUCUCCAGAUUCUUAACAUCAAUAAAAGUGAUGAAGGAAUAUAUAGAUGUGAAGGAAGAGUGGAAGCUAGAGGAGAAAUCGACUUUCGGGAUAUCAUUGUCAUUGUGAAUGUUCCUCCAUCAAUUACUGUGCUACAGAAAUCCUUUAAUGCCACAGCAGAUCGGGGAGAGGCAAUUACUUUAUUCUGUAGAGCCACUGGCUCUCCUGAACCUGAAAUCAUCUGGUAUAGGAAUGGGAAACUCAUUGAAGAAAGUGAAAAAUAUAUAUUGAAAGGAAGCCAUACAGAAUUAACAAUCAGAAAUAUAAAAAAUAUUGAUGCAGGUCCUUAUGUAUGUGAAGCAAAAAACAAAGCUGGAAAUGAUAAAAAACAAACAUUCCUCCAAGUUUUUGUACAGCCUCAGAUAAUACAACUUAAAAAUGAAACCACAUUUGAGAAUGGUCAAACAACACUCAUUUGUGAGGCAGAAGGAGAACCCAUUCCAGAAAUUACUUGGAAAAGAGCCAUCGAUGGAAUAACUUUCUCUGAAGGUGACAAGAGCCCAGAUGGCCGUAUAGAAGUCAAAGGGCAGCAUGGAAAAUCGUCACUGCAUAUUAAAGAUGUGAAGUUGUCAGAUUCAGGGAGAUAUGACUGUGAAGCUGCAAGUAGAAUUGGUGGGCACCAAAAGAGCAUGUACCUUGAUAUUGAAUAUGCUCCAACAUUUGUGUCAAAUCAGACCAUGUAUUAUUCUUGGGAAGGCAAUCCCAUCAACAUCAGUUGUGAAGUGCUAGCUAAUCCUUCAGCUUCAAUUCAGUGGAGAAGAGGAAAGUUAGUUUUACCUGCAAAAAAUACUACUCAUUUAAAGAUCUACAGUGCAGGAAGAAAGUUGAUAUUAGAGAUUGCUCCAACGUCUGACAAUGAUUUUGGACGAUAUAACUGUACAGCUACAAACAGAAUAGGAACAAGGUAUCAGGAGUAUACACUUGGUCAGGCUGAUGUGCCAUCCAGUCCCUAUGGAGUGAAAAUUCUAGAGUUGUCACAGACUACUGCCAAGGUGUCUUUCAAUAAGCCAGACUCACAUGGAGGUGUCCCCAUUCAUCAUUACCAAGUAGAUGUAAAAGAAGUGACUUCAGAGACCUGGAAAAUAGUGCGCUCCCAUGGAGUUCAAACAAUGGUAGUUCUGAGCAAUCUGGAGCCAAAUACAACAUAUGAAAUCAAGGUUGCAGCUGUAAAUGGAAAAGGGCAAGGAGAAUAUAGUAAAAUCGAGAUCUUUCAGACCUUACCCGUCCGUGAGCCAAGCCCCCCAUCAAUUCAUGGACAGCCAGGCAGUGGAAAGAGCUUUAAACUUAGCAUAACUAAACAGGAUGAUGGAGGAGCUCCUAUUUUGGAAUACAUUGUGAAAUACAGAAGUAAAGACAAGGAAGACCAGUGGCUAGAAAAAAAAGUGCAGGGUAGUAGAGACCACAUCAUCUUAGAACAUCUUCAGUGGACCAUGGGUUAUGAAGUGCAAAUUACUGCUGCCAAUAGACUCGGUUAUUCUGAACCAACAUUGUAUGAAUUCAGCAUGCCACCAAAACCCAACAUUAUUACAGACACUCUUUUUAAUGGUCUUGGACUUGGUGCUGUCAUUGGCCUGGGUGUGGCAGCACUUUUGUUAGUCCUUGUUGUGACUGAUGUGAGCUGCUUCUUUGUCCGGCAAUGUGGAUUGCUAAUGUGCAUCACCAGGAGAAUUUGUGGGAAAAAGAGUGGAUCCAGUGGAAAGAGUAAGGAAUUAGAAGAAGGAAAGGCUGCAUACCUGAAAGAUGGAUCAAAAGAGCCAAUAGUGGAAAUGAGAACAGAGGAUGAAAGAAUUACCAAUCAUGAAGAUGGGAGCCCAGUAAAUGAGCCAAAUGAAACAACGCCACUCACAGAACCUGAGAAACUGCCACUAAAGGAAGAAAAUGGGAAAGAAGCUUUAAAUCCAGAAACUAUAGAAAUCAAAGUUAUGAAUGACAUCAUCCAGUCAAAAGAAGAUGAUAGCAAAGCAUAAUAAGAUAACUACAGCUGUCUGAAAAAAACCAUAUGGAUUGGAGUAACCCUGUGACCAAAACUUUAUGGCUGACCUUAACGUCUUGGACAACUUAAGCUUGGAAUAGUUAGUACAUGUGUACAUAUGAUCAAAAUACUUCUGUCUACAGUACCUUUUUAUUUGGUUUUGUUAAUGGUUUUAGUAUAUGUAGUCCUGACUGAUGCCAGUCCCAUGGUAUCAAUUUGAUAAAACCUACAGAAUGAGAAAUGUAAUUUAUUAUAUUGCAAAAGUGAUCUAUUUAUAAAAAAGACUUUAAAAAAACUCCCUGCCAGACAAUAUAUCAAAUGACUCCACAACCUUUGGUGCAAGCUAAAUACACGAAAGAAAAUGUCAUGUGCUCUUGCUGUGUUUGUUUCCAUUUGUAUAGUUUAGGUUGCUUUUGAAAGAAAAAAAAUAUCAGUAUGAAAUUUGAGACUAUAGAAUUGGCAAAGACUGGGCAGUCACUUCAGCUGUUUUUUCUAAAUUGAAAAGAAAUGGAAUGACUGACUACUAUAUGGUGACAAGCCUGCAGUUUCACAUGGGUUCUUUAGCACAGUAAAGGUUAAUAAACAUGAUGUACAGAUUAACAACCAAAAUUACUAAAUACCUUGCAUUAAAAAAUGUUGGCCUCAUCCUAGCUAUGUGAUUUUGAUGCUGAAAGGCCACAGGAAUUUUCAGUGCUUCAGAUAUUCUGUAUUAAUGUUUGGAAGAUCAUAUGUGAACUGAAAUGUGGAAACUUGUUUUGUAUGAAAAGAAAACUAAUUUAUGAUAAUAGCUUUUGGUUUCAGAUGAAACCUUCAAAUAAACACAAGCUCAAAUUAGUUGCUUCAAUGUAUUUAUACAUAUAUAUAAUUUUUUUUUAAAUUUUCAUUCUAGCCAUUUAGUCAGGGAAUGAUUCUCUGCAUUUCAGUUUAACAAAUAAGUUGUUCACUCCAACUCAGCAUGUAUGUUAUAAAACAGUUGCACUUAUUUAAGUAACAGUUUCUGCUUUAUAAUUUUACACCCAUUUGUACUGGAAAACACAACAGGAAAGGAGAAAAGGAAAGACUUUGACUAAAUGGCUAAGAACAUUUUAAAUGAUUAAAUUUCAGGCAAAUAUUUUUAUUAAACAUUCUCUAAAACAAUUGUUUUCACUUAUUCUAGUAACUGUACCUAUGGUGUUCCAAUAAUCCAUUUUUAGGUGAAAAAUUAAUCCCUGUCUACAAUUCAUUAUUUUUCCGGCAUUAAAAAUAGGAGAAAUAACUUUUCAGAGCCAAUCUGGCACAGAAUAUCAUCACCUUCCAUACUGCUCAAGCCUGCAUUUUAAAAGCAACAAAUAUAUUCUACAAAAGACCCCCAAAAAUAUAAUAUUUAGGAGCAAGUUGUUGAGCAACCCACAAAUGUUACCCAGCUGAACUCA